AUAAAAAUAAAAAGAAGGAGAUUGAGAUAAAAGAGGACAUAACAACAAAACAGCACAGGUCAGAACAUAACCAUUUAAGCAAAAUAGUGUUUCACCGCAAGAUAGCCCAACAUAAAAGUAGUUCAUAAGUGUAUCCUUGAAAUCUUUGAAUAUAACUUUGUAUACUGUAGCAUCAAACAUAUCAAGACAAUGUAAAACCAUUCAAGAGAAUGACAGUAUUACCGGGUAUUCAAAACCAACUAACAGAAAAUGAACAAUGGUUUCUGUAUUAUCUCCUUGUCUAUAAAAGUUUUUGUUUAUAUUAUCACAUAUAAUAAAAUCCAAUAAGAUACAACAUGUUAAGACCAAUGGAGACAGAAGAACAAAAACUUGAUGGGACUUCAAAACAAGAUGAUAUUAAAUCAGCACUAGCUAUUAUGAUGUCUUGUUUUCUCCAAAAUAGCUGUUCAUACCAUGCAACUUUCUCUGCCUCAUUUCUGUUGGGCUCUUUUUCUGUCACUAGUUGUCAGUUUGUCUUCUUCAUUUCACUUUCUGCUCCAUUCAUUGUGGCCUCUCUGCCACUGUUUCUGGAAUUUGGUAUUUUUCUCUUUUAGAAUGUCCUGCAGUAUUCUCUGUAGAGUUGAAUUGGUGGUUGCAAAUUCCCCUAGUUCCUCUUUAUCCUGGAAGCACCUUAUUUCUCUACUAAUUUCUAGGGACAGUUGUGCAGGAUAUAUCAGGAUAUAUCAAUCUUGGCUGGAGGUUAUUUUCUUUCAAAGCUUGAAUUAUUUCGUCCCACACUCUUCGUGAUUUGAUGGUUUGUGCUGAGAAGUCUGCUGUAAUUCUGAUGGGUGUUCCCUUUCUUUUUCAUGCUGCCAAAGCCUACGAGCAAGCCGGCAUGAUGCUGAAGGAGAUGCAGAAGCUGCCGGAGGCCGUCCAGCUGAUUGAGAAGGCCAGCACCAUGUACCUGGAGAACGGCACGCCGGACACGGCCGCCAUGGCGCUGGAGCGCGCGGGGAAGCUCAUAGAAAAUGUAGACCCCGAGAAGGCCGUGCAGCUGUAUCAGCAGACAGCCAAUGUGUUCGAGAAUGAGGAGCGCCUGCGGCAGGCGGUCGAGCUGUUGGGAAAAGCCUCGAGGCUGCUAGUCCGGGGCCGCAGGUUUGAUGAGGCGGCGCUCUCUAUUCAGAAGGAAAAAAACAUUUAUAAGGAAAUUGAGAAUUACCCAACUUGCUAUAAGAAAACCAUCGCCCAGGUCCUGGUUCACCUGCACAGAAACGACUAUGUGGCUGCGGAAAGGUGUGUCAGGGAGAGCUACAGCAUCCCAGGCUUCAAUGGUAGUGAGGACUGUGCGGCGCUAGAACAGCUCCUCGAGGGCUACGACCAGCAGGACCAGGACCAGGUGUCAGAGGUCUGCAACUCGCCACUCUUCAAGUACAUGGACAACGACUACGCCAAACUGGGCCUGAGCCUGGUGGUCCCAGGAGGAGGAGUCAAGAAGUCGCCAGCUGCACCCCAGGCCAAGCCAGAUGGCAUCGCCUCUGCAGCCCCUGAGGAGGAGGAAGACGAGUAUUCAGGAGGCCUGUGCUAGAUUUUGCUUAGAAAAGAAAGGGGCAACGAAAUGGACCUGAAACUCACUGAAAAUUACGCUUCCAUGAGGUCGUGAUUUUGCAUAUUAAUAAAGACAUCCUUAGUUACCAUUCCCCAAGUCAGCUAUUGUACCUACUACUGGGAAGCGUUUUCCUUUCCUUUCCACUGUAAGAACAGAGGAUGUACUGUCCCAUUGUAAUAUAAUUGAUUUUAAAAUUUGCAAGCCAAAUUCGAGACAAAUCGUACCCUAAAGAAAAGGGUUGGUAGGUACCAGUCCUCUUCCUUGCUUGUGUUCCUGUGAUUUAUUGUAUGAGGAUUUUCUUUGUGUUUUAUUUAAUGUUGCUGCUAAAAGUGAAGUUUGCCAGUAGAAAUACUAUCAUGUUAAGAACUUGCCUCGUUUUGAAAAGGAAGUUUAUCCCCCAUAAUUCUAGACGGAUUUAAAUUUUAAAUCUUCAUCAGAGCCAAGAUCAGGUUUGGGACUUGCAGUAUCUAGCGCCCAUGAAAGAUGCAUAUAAGCUUUUACAUGAUAGUUUUGAAGUCCUUCUCUUAGGGCAGUGCUGCUGCUCCCUGAACUCUGCGGUGUGGAGGAUUCGGGCAUCUCCAGGACGCAGUGACUCCUGGGAGCUGCCUGGCCGCGGAGCACGGAGCCUCCUCCUCAGAGGAGCUGGUCGCGUCCCACUGUCCCCGCCAGAGAAGAGCUGCUUCGGGCCGGCACCAAGCUUGGAAACAGCACACUACAGAGGCCUGGCCAGCAGGGAAGCGGCUGCUGGCCUCUCCCAGUUAGUGGUUCCUGAUGUUACUUCUGAAGCGUUCCUUUUCACCCCGCAUGCUUAGACCUGCCACUUUGUGUCACCUGAAAGGAGAAAGAGGGCCACGGUAAUGUGUGCCCUCCGGCCCUGCCUCCAAGCCAGUUUCCUCUCCCUCAGGCCUGUCCCCUUAGACUCCUCCCUGAUUGACUAGCCUGCUUUGUCUUCCUGGGCUUCCUGAACAGGAGGGUGCUCAUGACCCUGGUCAGUGGGUGGACACUAGUGUGGCUCUGCCUGGGCAGCCGACAGCGCUGGCAAAACUCACACUGCCCCAGGGCACCCCUCGGACGUGGCAGCUCAGUUACCCACUCUACCGAGACAGUGAAUAGUGUGGUACGACUGUAGGGAGGCAUUUUUAGUUCAGAAGAAACUAAGCUUUCAAAGAUCCCCUCACUGCUGCAUACAUCCUUUUGGUCCAUUCAGAAACUUCUAGAGUCUUCUGCUGGCGCCUUUGAGCAAACUAGCAAUCCAUGUGAGCAGGGUGGCAGUGCUCGCAGGUGCCUGGGCCGCCUGUUCACCGAGCACGUGACUCCCUGCGGCCUUUGGGGCCACGGAGAGCUUAGUUAAACCUUGAAGACAACGGGAAUGACCUGGGCAGGGCAGUGCUGCAGGGGACGCCGCCCACCCUGUGCCAACACUGGUCACCGGUCACUGGGUGCCGGCCCAGAGUGUGCUCCGGUCAGGCCAAGCCUGCGCUAUCUGCAGAGCUCCUGAUCCACACCCAAACGUGGGAUCUUCCCAUGUGACGGUCUCUCCCGAGAGCAGUUAACAAUGUUUACAAGGAGGGCAUCCCCGUGUCUUCACGUUAGCAAGCGAGGGUCUGCGUGGGUGUGUCCAGAACCCGGUGCCCGCGUUCUGCACGGUUAAUAUAUUGAAGUUACUUGUACACACGCAGAGGUGGUGUUUGUGGAUGUAACCUGUGCUCUAUUCCUAUUUUUUUUCCAGCUCUUUGAUGUUAAAUGUGUUGUUACAGAUUACUGCUUCUCUAAAGAAGAUAAUUAUAAACAUAAAACCAGAAACUAAAUAAAUGAAGUCUUUAUUUUG